CGACUGCGGUAAAAGCCUAUUCACCAAUGCACAUACGUACGCUUCUCAAGGAAGGUUUCAAAAUGGUGAAAUUUGGUUUGCAGUUCAAAGCUACGUUGGAGAAUGUCACCAACGUUAGGCCAGAGGGAGAGGACUUCCGAUGGUUUCUGAAGCUGAAAUGUGGAAGCUGCGGAGAAAUUCCAGAUAAAUGGCAGUACAUAAGCCUUAUGGAAAGUACGCCCCUAAAGGGUGGGAGGGGCAGUGCCAGUAUGGUUCAAAAGUGUAAACUCUGCUCCAGGGAGAACUCCAUAGAUAUUCUCGGGGAUACGAUCACUCCUUACAAUAUGGAGGACAGCGAGACCUUUAAGACCAUGGUGCAGUUCGAGUGUCGAGGACUGGAACCGGUAGACUUCCAACCACAAGCUGGUUUUGCGGCAGAAGGAGCUGAGUCUGGGACCAAGUUUCCUGAGAUUAAUCUACAAGAGAAGGACUGGACGGACUACGACGAGGAAGCGGCUGAGUCGGUGGGCGUCUACGAGGUCACCCAUCAGUUCACCAAGCGUUGAAACAAAACAACCCGAUCAAGUGACAAGUGGAGUGCGAGGGGGAGGCUGAUCAGCGAAGCGAGAUAUUCACACGCUGCUUUCUGUCAACCGGGACUCGUUCUGAGACGGGAUCUUGAAGUUUGCGGCACAAUUGGAUUGGAUUUCGUGGAUUCAACAGAACGAACUGGGCUUUCACUGGUUCAAUCAGAUUUAACCGUUAAAAAGCCACCACUAAGCAGCAUGAAUGGGAAUCCCAGUUUGAAUAAAUACAAACAAAUAAAAAACAAAACUUUUUUGACUUUUAA